UUCUUUCUGGUGGUAAAUCGGAAUACUGUUCAGUUCGGCAAUAAAAGACAGGCUUCUCUGUGGUAUGUGUCAUCUGUUUGUUUACAAAAUUUUCGGACCUUUGAAUGCAAACGAUGCGACGAAUAGAAGUAUUAACAGAAUUAACAGAAGAUCAAGGGUGAUUAAUUGCCUUUUAUGAAUGUCAUCUGGACACUUUAUGUACAUCUCGUGUUAUAUCCGCCCUAAGUGAAUACUCGUCGCAAGAAGGUAACGUAACCUAACGUAACCUCAAAGAUACGGUCCGGUGCAUAAAUAGUGCACGAAACAUAGCGAUGAUGGAAGUUGGAUUUGCAAGUACUUUCGAUUAAUGGUGUGCAUUCGACAAACAACUCGCUAUCGGUGACUGGGAAUCCUCUAGAUGGAUAAUGAGUGAGUCCGAUGAUACGGACAUCCUGCUCCUGAUCCCGCCCGAUAUAUUCCACGUCCCGUCUUCCGACUCGGACGUCAGCUCGAGCGAUCUCGCGAGAACAGAUUGCGGGAAGGCUGGCGUUAUCUCGGAGCUGGUGGAGCACAUGCAAUCGCUCGAAUCUCGAAUCUCCGCCAUCGAGUUCAGAGACAAUAGCUUGGAGGUGUCCGUAUUGAAUAAUUCCUUAGAUUCUCACGAAGCCUAUAGCGGCACGUGCCACCCUUAUUAUCGGCAGACUUUACCCAGAACCAAGUUCUCCGUAAGUCAAAGCGCCAGUUUGCAAAAUACCCCCGUGAAACCUCGCCAGUGUCUCUCUGUUCCUGCUACUCCUAGUGGACAUACAUCGCAAACCUGUGCUAAUUCUUUGAGGGAUGACAUGCGAUUGGAACGUUGUUCCUUGAUAGCCUCUGUUGCUAAAUCAACUACUACUACUACUGUUACUACUACCACCACUACUAUCACCACCACCACUAACACUCUCGCUCGGGCCAAGCAUGAUGCUGUAACGUCGUACACCGACUCCUACGUGGUGUCUCCUCCUGCUUCCUGUGGUACUGGGCUUCCGCAUGUCACUGCUAUGUCCGCGAAAAAGGGAUCUCAUUUGUCUCUCCGUUCGGACGAUUACUGUACAGAUAAAAUUCAUUCUUGUCCCAAACCUCGUGAUUCAUUGCAUUCCAUGAUAUUCGCAUCAAACUUAUCUAACGCCUCAAUAGGUCAGCAGCAUACCUGUACUAGAAUAGUGCAAGAGAUGGAACUAUCUGAAGUUGAUGAAUUGCUUCAAGAGAUGGAAGCCACCGAGUUAGAAUUAGCAAAAAGAAUAAAUAACACUGGCGGAUAUCAAUAUCGCAAUGAACCGAUUCAGUCGAUGUCUUUGACUCGAACAGCUGAUAGCACAGAUGGUCAAGAAAAAGAGACGCAAUCUAAGCUCAGUGGGACAAAUCGAAGACUAGACUUUCAAUCGUGCAAUAAAGAGUCUCAACCGACCGAUGUUUUGUCAGCAUUUUGCCAAAAGAAAUCAAACAAUGCAUUCCCCGAUAUAUCGUUACCAUAUAGUAAUUCAUUCCACCUAGACGAGACUGAUAAAAUGAUUUCUGAAUUUAAAACAUGGGAACAAAGUCUUCAGCAAUCCGUUCCGCGGCCGAACGGUUAUACAACGGAAAAUGUAAAAAGUACAGAUCACUCGUCUAAUGUGUUAUCUGCCACGAUUAGCGUCACUAAACCGAGGGAAUCAACGAUGAAUCAAAGUAAUCAAAGUAAUUUGUAUACAAAAGAAGCGAGUACAAGUAACGGGCUGAUUCAGUCAAAAUCUUCAACUAUGAAAGCAGAUCCUGCAUCAUGUGUUACUGAAUCAAAGAAAUUGGCUGAUCUUGUAUCAACGAAAACUGUGCAAUAUAGUAAUCCGGAUCGUUUGUUGGAUCUUCGCAAAGUGCCACAGCGUAACGGAAAUUUACACGAUGAUAAAGAAGGAUCUGAACUUGCUAAAAGUACUGUACACGUUGGAACAAAUACAGAUAUUCAAUUAAGAAAAUGUCAGCGACUCUUAUCACUCUCGGAUUUCUGGGAUAUUAAUCCAACUAGAUCGCAAGAAGAAACCUUCAAGAUCAAGCUAGAAGAGGAAAAAUUUCGCAGAGAGCAUUGUGAGCAUCUGAUUCAAGAACUUCAGAAACGCCUGCUGGAGCAACAGGAGAAAGUGGCAGUAGCGGUUAGGGUAGAUAAUGAGAAAAAUGUCUUGAUAUCUCAAUUUCAUGCAGCUUGGUUAAAGUUAAAGCAGCAAGUCGGAAUAAUUGAAACUGAGCAGAGAAACUCGCAAACUAAUCUGCAAAAUAUUACGGAGAAGCAUCAAUCCGAGGUCACGGAAUUUCAGUCUCAAAUCAAACGUCUCGAGCGAGAACUGUCGAAAGCCUUAGAUUUAGCGGCCGGAUAUAAAGAGAAGAGUGACGCCACGACCAAAGAGAAAAUCGACUUGCUGAAGACCCAUGCGGACGAAUUAGAAAGUUACAAAUCUUUGGUCCAAGAGGCGGAAAAUAGAUACGAGCAAAUGAAAACAGAAUUCAAUGCGUUCCUGGAAAAAAACCAACAGAGAGAGGAGACAUUGAGGACCGUGCAAUCGGAAUUGAAUAAGGAACGUUUAAGGGAGACUGAAGUGCGAAACGAGAUGAUACUCAUCCGUAAAGCGUUGGACACGUGCGAAGCUGAAUUGAUAGUACUCAAACAGGAGAAGGAGCAUAUGCAGCUCAAGCUCAAAGAGGAGAUUAACAGAAAUUCUAUUUUACAACAAAGAAAUUCGUCGUUGCUCAUAUCUGUCGACGAUGCCAAGAAAGCAGAAAAACUAGCAAAGGAUGAAAUCAAGUCUGUUGCGGAGCAAAAGGAAAAGAUCAAGGCGGAAUUGCAGGAAGUUUAUCAGAAGCAGGUGGACGAGGUGGUGAAGACGAAACUACAAGAAUUUCAGACGCAACUCGACACCGCCGAGUCCGAAUUUUUAGAAGAGAUGAAAACGAGGCAGCAAGUUAUAGCCGAAUGCGCUGCUAGAAAAAUUAAGGAUGUCAUUGACAAACAUCGUUUGGAGAUAAACUUAUUAGAGGAGAAACACAAAGAGGAAAAACGGUUGUGCGAAUUACAAUUGGCUCAAGCUUUGCAGAGAUCGUCUAUGCUGGAGACACAUUUGAAUUCUCAGCGCGCAAACAAGUCUCAACUUGCGGAACAGCUACAUUCAGUCAUGCAGAAACAAUGGCAGCAAGCUUUACACAUUAUAUCCGGUGGUAAUACGGACAAUUUAGCUCCGAUUCAAAGAAUUUACGCGGAAAAAUCCUUUGACUCGACCAAAGGCCCCGUGAAGUCCGAAUCAAUGCCAAAUUGUUACACUAAACUUUCCCAGGAACCGAUAAGGUACGCAACGCAAUUGUUGGAGACGCAAAAUUCGACAGCUGCGCAACACCUUGACGAUCAGAACGAAAGCGCGAUCACGUUGAAUUCUAUCGAAAAUACGCCGUUGACCAGUAGAAACAGCUCGAAAGACGAUCUGCGGAGAUACGUGAAAAUGAUCGCAGAAAUGCAGUUGGCAAGAGAAGAUAUUACCAAAUACAGAAACUCCAUUUCGAGUCCGCCGUUAGUGUGCAGAGAAGUGCCGCGAAAACAUUACUUGAAGAAAGAAUUGAACAUCAAGAGCGAGGAUAGCAUUUCAUGGCAGCCAAUUCCCGAGACUUGUACGCUCGGUGACGUUGACGAGAACAUGCCUAUCUCGCAGAAAAUGGCUGUAAAAACGGAUCAGCAGAGAAAUAAGCCCCCAUGGAAAUGACGUGUAACUUACGACAACGUCGACGAUACCGAAGGCGUCGAUGAGCUCGAUCGCAUUAGCUGAAUUCGAUACAGUGUAAUUUACCUAGCAGUAACGCCAAUUUUUUUACGACAGAUUCUAAUAUCUAUUUUUCAACACGAAGAGAAUUUAAUAAAAAGAUCUUUUACAUGCA